GGCCCCUUUCUUGAUUUCUCUGGAGCUUUUUAACUAAUACAUAGACAUGAAUGAAUCAAGAAGAAUCAGAUUCGGUUCCUCAAUCUUCUUCGUCAUCAUCAUCCUGAUCUUUGGGGCCCGGAUUUUAGGGAUAUCUGCAGAUGGAGCGGAAGAUGAUGGUAUCGCCAAGAAAGAAGAGAAUCCGUCACUUGUAAAGAUCAUAUGUGGGAUUUUUGGCAAGAGAUUUCCUCCAAGUUCUUGGGAAUUGAUUCAAGGUGUAAUGCAGAAGAUCCAGAUGAAGCUUUAUCCUCCAAAUCUAGAUUUCAGAAGCAACAGCGACAAAAGCAAUAGCGAGGAGGAAGGAGAAGAUAGAGGAGAGAAAGUGAAAGAGGCGGCGACAAGGAGUCUCGAAGUUAGCAAAGAAGCCAUUGAAGAGUCUGCAAAACUAGCAGGAGAUGUUGUAGGAGAAGUAGUUCACAAAACAGCUGAGAAAGUUACCAAACACACCUCACAUGAUGAAAUGUAAUGUA